AUGCCUGAACCGACUAGCCUGACGUUUGAACUCUUGCCGGACACAAUCCGGCAAAGCUCGGCCAUUGGAGCAGAAAUCCAGCUGCCGCCAGGGAUGCCGAUUGUGAGCCCCGAGGAGCUGAAUGAUGCGGACAAGGCAACUUUGAGAAAGGCACUCUUUGAGAACCAAGUUGUUGUCAUCCGAAACCAGAAGGGAAUUGACCCCACUGCAAUUCCUAAGCUUGCCAAGGUUUUUGAUCCCAACGCAACUGAUAUUCACUCCGCCGGCGAGAAAGCCGUGAGCAACCCAAAGAACAUUCUGUCGGCAUACAAAGCUGGCAGAAUACCAAGGGCUCAGCAAGUGGGAAUUAUUGGUUCCGGGAAGUUCCAGGAUUAUGAGGGAAUUAAAGAACUUGAGGUCGUGCACUUGGACCAUACUCUCUUUCACGAGGAGCCUCUCAGUCAGGAUAGCCUAGACCAGGGAUAUACUCGCCCAUACAGGUGGCACAUGGACACUCCUUUCUAUGAAAGAUUGCCGGGCGAAGUGACUAUCCUCCAUUCGAUCCGAAUCCCCAAGAUGUCCGACCAAAAGAUCAAGUUUCCUGGCGGAGAGGAGAAGGAAAUUGCUGCUGGAGCUACUGCGUUCUUCUCGGGCGCUCGUGCGUUUGAACUUCUGUCUCCGGAGGAGCAGGAGUUUGCUCUCAAUACCACAGUGACAUACGCACCUCAAGCCUACGAGUAUAUCAGACAGUGCAAAGCUUCUGAAGAUGGGCUGACAAUCCCAACUUUUGGACGCGAAGUACCAAUCGAGAACUUAUCUGAAUGGGAGUGGAACAAGGUCGCUGAACACCCCAUGGUUUGGCGUAAUCCACUCAAUCCCGAACGACCCUUUCUCCAGGUCCAUGGUUGUUGUGUAUAUAAACUUACCACACACAACCCCCAAACUGGAGAGAUCUCGAUCAUGGACGAUGUCGAGCAAGUGAGAAAGGUAGUCUAUGCUAUGCAAAGAAAGAUCUAUGCGGCGAAAAACAUCUAUGCACACCGUUGGGAGGAAGGGGACUUGGUCAUCUUUCAUAAUCGGGGAGUGAUGCAUAGCAUCACUGGUCAGCUUUCACAGCACAAGGAUGACGAAGACAAAAGACGACUGCUAUGGCAAUGUACAAUGACUAGUACGACACCUCCAAAGCCAUUCCGGGAAUAUGAGGGUGUCAAUGACACUGGGUAUUCUAAGGCUUGA